GUUCUUAUUCCCUCAUCUACAUCUUAGCCAUCCGCUUGUACAUUCAAAACAAGAUUGUCUACCGAACCUGAUCUACAACAACGGGAAAAAGACAUUUCUUUUUUACUUGAAAAAUCAAAUUUACCCUUUCCUCAUGAAACCAAACGCAUGUCACCCUGCAUUAUACCUUGUGUAAAAAAAAAGAAUGUAAAUGUUAGAUUGCAAGCAUUUGCUUUCUCUUCGCCUCAGUUAUUUUAAUCUGAUUCAGGCAGCUAUAUGGGAGUUGAAUUCGCGAGUACUCAGCAUCCGGGUGGGUCCCACACUCAUCCUCUCUCUUACCCUCUUUCUCUCUCUACUCCAGGGCUGCCGGGGUCGAUUUGGAGGGAGAUUGAGAAGCAGAGGAUAAGAGAGGAGAUAAUGGCCGAGAAAAGGCUUGCUCUCGAGGCCGAGGUGCGGUGGGAGCUGAUGGUCGAGAGAGAGAUGGGUCUUAGUCUUACCCGUCUCACGAGUGGUGGGGCCCACAUGAUUCAUCCUUCUCCACCAUUGCCUUUUGGAUCGUCUUCAAGGCUUGGCCCGGUUUCGGAUGGAGUUUUCGGGACUUUGCAUCUCGCCAAGCCGUUGCCCGACAAAGAGAAACCAAAGAUUGUUCUGUCGGCCAAACCAAAUGAAACUGUACAUGGAUCAAAGAGGAAGGCCGUGAUUCCGCCAGCUGGCGACGUCUCGAAAAAGAAAGCUAAAGAGGAGUGGAGUUGUUCCCUCUGCCACGUCAGCGCCACAAGUGAACAAGGUCUCAACAUGCACUUAACAGGAAAGAAGCACAAAUCGAGGGAGGCCGCCAAAAGAGACGACAAAGCCCGUGAGCAGAUAUUGGGCCUUUCAGAAUCUCCCCCAAAGGAAAAUCAAAAUGCAGAAGAAGACAAAUCAAAAAACAGCUUGUAUAGGUUUUGGUGUGAUUUGUGCCAGGUAAUGUCCAGUUCUGUGGAUGACAUGAAUAUGCAUAAGAACGGGAAGAAACAUGUCAGGCGGGUUAAAGCAGUCGAACGACAAGUAGGCGGACAGAAGGAAGUUAUCAUGGCCGUUAAUUGUGAAGAAGUUGAAGAAGAUGAGGAAAAUGUAGCGCCUGUUGAUGAGGGCUCGGUGGAAAGAAAAGUAGCCGAACAACAGAAGGAAAUCAUCACGCUCGUUUACACCAGAAGGAGUGGAAGAAGAUGGAAAAAUGUACCGUCUGUUGAUGAGAGCUUGGUUUGUGAUCCUGUGGCUGAAAACAAGGCAAAAGACGAAGGGCUUGAUGUUUUGUGAGGGUUAUGGCCGCUUGAUCGGCUUGUAAGGGAGUCUAAUAUUAUGAUGUGAUUCCCUUUGCUUUUUGGGUUUUGUGUUAUGGCAUUAUGAUAUAUACAUUGGAGGUUUGGAAGUCUGGUUUUGCAGCAAGAGAUUGUUUGGUGUCAUGAAUUAGUCAUCCUCUUGUUGGUUUUCAUGGAUUGGUCAUUGUAUGGUGAAUUGAGUGUGAAGAACUAGUUUCAGAUUGUGCCAUCACACAAACUUAAGGAAAUAUUAAUUUGGUAAAUUG